AACAAACUUUGUUCACGGUCAAGUCAGACUUUAAUAUGCAUUUAAUAAAACUGCACAUUUCUCUUAUUUGUUUGAACUGACUGUAUAAUAAAGAGAAACAAAGUCAAAGGCUUGUCAAUAUGGCUGACCGACGAAAGAUUUGCAUUUUUAGCUCCAGCAGAGGAGUGGGCUGGGCCUGGGUAGGCCUAGGCCCUAGCUAGGGCCUAGGCCUAGGUAGGGCCGUUACUUACUAGGCCUAGGCUUGGCUAGGCCUAGCCUGCUACCCUUGCCUAGAAUAGCCUACGGAAGGCCAUGGCUAGGCCUAGAUCCUGGGUUGUGAAUAUUUGCUAAAGGCAAUUCCUAUCCUAGACCUACAGUAAAAAAAGUUCAGAACCGAGCGAUAGGAAUGUCUGACGAGUCUAAAUUACUGUGUGAAGAUGAAGACAUAGUCAACUCUGCAAUAGAGUCCAGAGAGGUCGUCGACCUGAGGACAACAACUGACGAGUCUAAACUGUAUGGUGAUAUAGUCACUACAGGAGAAGUCGUCCAACCGAGGACAACAUCUGUAAUUGUGUUGAAUGAAAAUCACAGAGCCCAUAUCAAGGCGAGCUUCAGUAAUGCCGAAGAGGAAGAUAAUGAUGAAGAGAUGGAGGAACCCAUACUGAUAGAUUUACCACACGAUAGUAGCAGUGAUAAAGAUCAAAGGUUAAAAGUUGAAGCUGUGUACACCUAUGUACCAAUCACUGGAGAUAAGAAGAUGAGUACAAGUAGUGUUAUUAUUCAGCCUGGACAGAUACCGAUACCCAUUAAAUUAGUGGAGACAAGCUGCAAGGCUCCCCCAGCAGACUGCCCCCAGUGGGCUGCCAGGCUGAGCGAUUGUGAGAAAAUUGGUACAUCCUACAGAGGAUAUGUUGAAAAUGAUAUUGAGCUGGACUUACUAUUAACAUUCCAUAAACAAGAGACAGGGAGUUUCUGGGGUACCCGUCAAUCGCCGAGUGCCGAGCGGUCAUCUAAACGCCUUAUGUGGCGCUCACAGUAUGUCCCAUAUGAUGGCGUUCCUUUUGUGAACAUGGGCAGCAGGGCUGUGACAAUGGAGUGUCAGUUUGGUCCAAGGAGGAAGAGCAAAUCUUGGAAGAGUGGGAGUUCCAAACACUUCAAAACAUCAUGUCCUGCAAGAAUUCAUAUAAAGAAGGUGAAAAAGUUUAUUCAAUAUAAAGCGGGCAAUGCAAAUGAUAAGAAAGAACAUGAUAAAAUUUUCCAAUCAAUUAAAGAGGUCGGAGUUGAUCAGGCUCAAGGUGUAGAAAGAUGCUAUGUACAAUUACCCACAAUUCAGGCCCAUGAUUACCACGAACCAAUCACAUCUGAAAAUGUUCUGCAACCGAUGCUGGAGCUGCAACGACAAGAAACACCCCCAGAGGAGCGGAUGAAUCCAAAAGUUGCUAAGAAAAUCCAAGAUCUUAUGAGUGAAGGCAUAUCAAAUGAUUUCCAGAUUCGAUCCAAGUUAAGGCAAUAUGUUCUGCAAGAUCUAUUUAAAGCUGAGAAGAGCCCCGAUAGACAUGAUCCCAGGUACUUCCCUACCAUCAAUAACAUUCAAAACUACAAACAUGAAAUCAACAAAGCUGUUGAAAAGGGAGAACUUAUCCUAGAACAUAAAGUUGGAAUCAUUGGAAAGAAAAUUGAAGAUGAAGAUGAUGAAUUGACAUCUUGGAUUGAGCCAGCAGGGAAAGUGGAGGAUGAUGCCCACAGCAGUGAAGGCUUAACAGAGUCAUCUGCCAAUACAUUGCUGUCACAGAUAAAUACAACCAAGACAACCAAGAGCAAUAUCGUAACCUGCACUGAAGUUUCAGACAGUGACACAACCAACAGCCAAUCAAGUAGCCUGUUACCAAUGAUGGAGUCUGAAAACAACCAAUCAAAUAGCUUGUUACAAGACAGUGGGGCAGAAUCUUUACUCAGUGAAAUGCAAAACAACCAAUCAGUAAUUGAGUCAGCUGAUGACAAUGACAGAUCCUCACCAAUCAAAUGAGAACGAUCCAUGCAGAUAGAAAUGUUUUAUAAACUUAUCUUUUUUACUUUUAUAAAAUUUUAUAAUAUAGCAAUAUUAAACCCAUUAUAGGGCUGCAAUAUAUUUCAUGCUUAAUUAUUUAAUCAUUGGAUUUGCAAAGGCUUUCAGUAAAAAUUGUGAUUCAAGGCUGGUUAAAAGAUUGCAUACUUGGUAAUUGGUCAAGGCACUUUACAGUUCAUUAACUGUCAAUAAUGCACCUUGUCCCAAGUCCCAAUUUAGGUGUUAUCAGCUAUAUAGAACCAAGAACCUUGUAUUCAACUCUAGCCAGGAAUAUACGGUAGAUAAAAUUGGUUUAUCCUGAUUAUGUAGAAUAUUCCGUGUGAGUGAAGUGACUUGAACAUAUAAACGAUUAUGUAUCCAAUGACCAGCAAUCGAUGAGAGCAAAAGCGGCUUUGAAAUUUUGGCAAAAAAUUGAUACACAUAUGUUACACAAAUCCAGUAUGAUCUGAUUAUUUCCAAUGCAUAAUAAAUGUAUAAACAAUUUCUAA